AUGGAUUUCUUAUCGCUAACAUGUUUUUAUUUAAAUAUUUUAGCUCUGACAAACGGAUAUGUCUUAUUUGCUGCGAAUAUAGACGACUUCCAAACGAUCGCAAAGAAACUAGGCUCACCAAAAGUUAUUGACGAACUCAAACAAAUAGCAAAUGACCCAGAAAUUAAAAAAUAUUUCGCGAAACCUCGAGCAAAAUCCAGCCAAUAUAACGCAGACCAAAGCUUUCCUAUCGUAAGACAAAGAGAACCGAUAUUAAGCUUAAAGGAAACUGGUACUAAGAUAGAUUUUGAGGAAUUAGUUGAAAGAGUGAGGCAAAGACUAGAAAAAGAAUUCCAAAGCAAAAGUAAUGAUAAAAGAGAAAACUUCAAAAGACCUACCAAGCAAAUCACAGAAUAUUCACGAGGUAAUACAAAAACAACUAAAAAAGAACCGUAUGACGAAAGAGACACACAAGAAAAUAUUGAACCUACGUAUGCAGAUCCAAUAAAUUAUGAUACAAUAAAAGAAACAUCUAGAAAUGUACCUAAGACUCACGAUUUUGACAUGCCAUUCAAGAAAAUAGAUAUGCCUAAAGAUGACAGCUAUGAAGAUUACAAAACACCGGCAAAGGAUACGUACGUUUUCAGCAAUGAACACCCAAAAGAGAACAGAUUUAAAAUUAAAAAUAACAAAAUAGAAGUAAGACCUACAUUGGAAACAAAACGAUUGAAGCAUAAAACGAAGCCAACUGAAGACUACGCUGAAGUCGUUGGAUCAAACGAAAUAAAGGCGAGAACAGAGAAAUUAGAAUAUGAAGAUGAUAAUAUAAGAGUUAAGGCUGGGACUGGUAUCCCAACAAGGGAAACUUAUAAAAUGGUAACACCGAACUAUUUUGGUAAUCUACCGACGGUGGCUGAAAGGUACGAUUUUAAUGAACCAAUACCAGAAAGAGAUAGACAAAGAGAAAACAUUAAGCAUUUUGGGAAUCCGCCCGCGAGGAUUAACAAGAAAAUCAGAUUAUUAUAA